UAUUAUUCCUACUGCUGGAAAAACGAAACCGUGGUGGUGGUCGUGGUCGUGGCCGUGCCCGUGGUGGUGGUGGUGGUCGUUGGCGUGGUAGUGGACAAACAGGUGGUCGCGGUGGACGCGCUUUUCAUGGUGGUGGCUAUGAGUUGUCUCAAGAACAAUAUCCUCAGCAGCAACAAUGGCCCCAAAAACAACAGCAAUUGUCCCAACAACAACAACAACAAUGGUGGCAACAACAACAGUGGUACCAACAGCAGCAAUAGUAUCAACAGCAACAAUGGCCCCAUCAAUUGACAUUUGAUGGGCCGCCACAGCCACAAUAUCCGCUACAGCAACAACCAUUUGAUGGGCCACCACAGCAGCCGCCGCAAUAUAUACAGCAGCAACCGCGGCAACAACUUAUUGCUUUACAAUGGCCCCCCAACAAUUGUUGGAGCAACAACCGCCGUCGUUAUUUGAAGGGCCACCACAGCAGCUACAGCAACAAUCGCUGCCGCCGAUUAACGAACCGCCGCAACGACCACUGAAGCAACAAGCAUUGGAGAAACAACAGCCCCAGGGGCAACAAGAUCCGAAGCCCCAGCAACAGCACGAGCCAGACCCGGAGCCCCAGCAACAAAAAGAGCCGGAUCCGGAGCCCCAGGAAUUACAAGAGACGGAUCCGGAGCCCCAGGAACUACAAGAGCCGCAUCCGGAGCCCCAGGAACUACAAAUUUAA